UUAACAAACUCACACACUCAAAUACACCGACACUCGUUACGAUACGGGUUUGUUAUUCUCCUUUUUAAUUCAGAAUUAUUCAGAGAUGUCCUCGAAGGGAAUAAAAAACACACUGAAGGAGGCUCGGGAAGCUAUCAAAAUAAAAGAUUUUCCGUCAGCUAUCCAAAAAUGCACGAAAAUAUUGGAAACGGACGAGAAUCACUAUAUGGCUCUCAUUUUAUUGGGAGCAGCUUAUCAAGAUAGUGACAAACAGCAGGCAGCCAAAUAUCUGAAGCUUGCAUUGAAAUCAGCUGAUGAUCCGACUAUUGCCAUUCAGGGUUUAGCAAACUGUGCGGAAAACUCUGAACUGCCAGACAUCUAUGAUAAAUUACUGAAUCUGACCCCUGAAAAGUACCGAGAUCUACAUCAGAAACUGGUGAAUGUAUCGGAAAAACUGCAGUCCGUCGAUCCUUGUCUAGUUGUCUUUAAAAAGGAAAUUGAUUCUGAACUCUCCGAUCGGAGUUCGUCUGCUUACGAAUGUCUAUCACAAAUCGCAUUGCGUGUAUCAGAAUUCGAUAGCCAAUGGAAUGACAUGAUACUUGAAGCGUUGGAAAGAUCUGUCAAUGGUGAGAUAGGUGCAACGCAUAAGGAGAAGUGUAAAGUACUGCUCCGGCUACUGCACAAACUGAAAUUUAACGAUCAAGUUGUGCAACGCUCAUGUCAAAUCACUGAGAUCUACCCAGAUGAUCCUACUGCCUACGAAUGGAUUUGCAAAAUGUACGUGGACAAAAUCGACGACGAUUCGUUCGAUAUUCAGGCUCAUCUCAAAUUGCCGAUCCUCGAAUACAUUACACACUUAAUGAGCAUUGGUCGAACAGCUAUACCGUUGCUUGCGAACGCAGUUUAUUUGAUCAAGGAAAAGAAUGAGUUUAUUGAAAGCAGGAACAUUCUCAAUGAAGUUAAUGGCCUGCGACCUGAUUGGUUCAGCUGCCAGAAAUAUUUGGCGCUGGUCAAUAUUAAACUUCGUGCUAAUUCAUUGGCUGAGCUGUUUGCACGUCAGAGCAAGUCGUCGCUGUUGUUGAUUCGUAGUUUACUGCGACAGAAUGUUAAAGAGAAAACGGACGAGGCGGUUGAGCUGUGCAAGAUACUAAUUCCGAGUGCAACGCCAAGUAAUAUGACUGAGUUUUUGGAACUGCAUGCAACUGGAUUGCUGCUUAGCAGGAAGUCAGACGCAUCAAUGAAAAUUAUCGAGCAACUGCGACAAACAGAAUCGCUUCAGUGCGACAUUUUACUGGCAACGAAAUACCAACUCGAUGGCGACUUGAACAGAGCCAUCGAACACCUAAACAAUUCAAACGAUAACAACCAAUGCGAACAUCACCUCAUGCUCGGGCAGUACCUUUUCACUAGCAAAAAACUGGAAUUAGCGUUGACACAUUUCCUGAGAGCCACAAGAAUCGAGCCGUAUAAUAGCGACUGCUUUUUCUGGUUAGGAAAAGUGUACCUAACAAGCAACGACCAAGUUCGAGCUCAAAAAUGCUUCGAAAAGUGUGUGUACUUGUAUCCACAGCAUCAGCAAGGCGUAACAUUGCUAAGCGCCAUGUAUCGACAAACAAUGGACUGGGAUGGAAAUAAAACGCUAUUGCAGUCGGCCGCUAAUGCUAUAACCGGCCAGCAAUGUAAAUGGGCUCGUAUUCAGCUUGGAUUCCAUUACUUGGCGCUAAAAAACUUCAACGACGCGAUUCAAGCAUUCCGAAUGGCAUUACGGGAAGAUUCCGACGAUCUGUCGUGUUGGGAAGGAUUAGCCGAUGCGUACUUUCAACGUGGUUCAUACAAUUCGGCACUGAAAGUCUAUCAGAAAAUAUCGGAAAUCGAUCCGUUGAGCUUGUAUCCGAAAUUGCAGGUGGCGAACAUCAAAACAAUUCUGAAAUUUCACAAAGAGGCGAUCGAUUGUUACGAUGAUUUGUUGAAGGAGCAACCGGAAUUCGUUCCCGGUUUAGGUGGUAUGGCAGAAGCACACUUGGGAUUGUGCUACUACUAUUUACCUCAGCGAUUACUGGGACGAUGUAAACAUCAUGCUGAAGAGGCAGUAAAAUAUUUGAUAAUGGCGUUAAAGCUACAAAGUAAUUUUGCUUGUUUGUGGCGGAUGCUGGCCAGUGCUCUUCAAGUCAUUGCUUGCUUACCGAACUCUAAAGCAUUUUUAACGGUUCCCGGAUUCUUGGUCAAUGUUAAAGAUGAAGAAGUUUUGCUGGACGGUGACAAGCUGUUUGAGUUGUCGGCUAGAGUCUAUUAUCGUGCCAUCAAAAUUCGUUCUUCUGAUGAUUUGCUGUGGUAUGAACUGGGCCUCAGCUACUAUCUCCGUGCCAUCAAGUACGGCAACGCAACAAAUCGAAAAGAAAUUCUGGAACUCGCUGCAGAAUCGGCAAAGCACACCAUCAAACUAUGUGCAACACGAUGGAAAAGCUGGAAUUUACUGGGUGUCAUCUGCACCACCAAGGAAAUAAAUAAUCUUCCACUCGCUCAGCACUGCUUCGUCAAAGCGCUGAACAUUGACAAAAAGUGUGCCUGCAGCUGGACGAAUCUUGGUGUCUUAUAUCUAAUUCAGGGACAAAUCAAGCUGGCAAACAAAGCGUUUGGUCGAUCUCAGCAAGCAGAUACUGGAUUCAUAAAUGCUUGGACCGGCCAAGCGUACAUUGCCGAACGAAUCGGCGAAGAAGACGAAGCUAUGGAUUUGUUCAAGCAUUCAACAAGUUUGGGCUAUUCAUCUGAGUCUGCUGUCGGCUUUACGCACUGGGUGUGCUCAGUGCUGCACAGUAAAGACUUGAUGGCCGAUCAAAAGUUUCGCUACACCAUCGAGAAGUUGAAUGCUAUUCCGAUAGCAUUGGAUUCGAUAAUUUGGUUUUGUGAUGCUGAAGAUGAUAAGGCAACGCCGGAAUCGUUGUGCUUCUUGGGAUAUCUAUAUUAUCGUCAACGUUUAUGGAGCAAGGCAAUCGAAUCGUACAAGCGAGCAAGUGAAAAGGCUAAUGGUGUGAUGAGAGACAACAUCAUGAGCAAUUUGGGCUAUGCCUUCCUUAAAAACAAUGAACCGGUAAAAGCGUACGAAGCUUUCCAUGCUGUUGCCACUGCAACUCUUAAAUCUACUGUUGGUCUGGCUUUGGCUCAUUUUAAAGCCGAACAAUACGAGGAAUCGUAUGCCGUUUACGAAAGUGCGUUGAAUUGGUUGGCAUCAAGCGAUCAGGAGAAAGCUUACAUUUUAAUUGCCAUGGCUGCGAUGGUAUAUAAAUUUCAAGGAGAAGCCGAUGCAAAGACGUUGCUAUUCCAAUGCAUCAGUCUUAGUGAUCCACCGAUUGAAGGCUUAUUUUCUGGUUGCGCUUUGGGCAUAUUGCACAACGACAGCCAGAUGGCGAAACUAGUUCUUGAUGAACUGAAACCGCAUGAAUCCAAUUCAGCCGUGGUGCACCACAUUGCCUUUCUAAAGUCUCAAUUCUAUUUGAAAAUGAGAGAGACGAAGAAGGCACUAACAUACCUACUAUCUACUGUGCAUAUCCAUCCGGAAAAUAUGAUGCUGAGAAACGUUCUAGCCAACUUUCUACUUUCGAACUACAAGAAAUCACAAAAGUAUUUGAUUGCCGCCAGUCGAAUAGCACAGAGUACAAUAUGUCUUCAAUUGACAUCACGUCAAAGCGAUAACUCAUCGAUGCGUGCAGCAAAAUCCAUGGCGAUUGCAAGCGAAGCACUGGAAGGCGUAAAUAAACAUUUGAAAAAUAAGCUUGCACAGAAAGCAGUUCACUUAAAUCCGUCUUGCCGGGAGGCUUGGGGUGCUCUCAUUUCAUCAGCGGAAUGAAAAUGUACUUUUGAACAAAGUCGAUUUUUUUGAAUAAAAAGUGUCUCGGCUACUCGUGUCGUAGUCGUUCAAU